AUGCAGCCAAAUUCUGAUGAAACAAAAACUGAUAUGGACUUUAUAAACUCGCAUUUAAUUUGUAAAUCUUCUUCAAGUGAAUUUUCAAUUCACGAAAGUCAAAUUCUGAAGAGUUGUGUACAUGAAAGUAAUGAUGGCGCAUUUCUAGAAGUACAUUAUGUUGUGGAGAGAAAUAAGAAAUUGACCAGAAGACGCCAUCAAUGCCCUGGAACUUUGGAAAAUUGUUUGGAGACUAAUAAGAAAAUUCAAAAUACUUUAGCAGACAAAAGACCAAAACGUUUGUUGGUAUUCAUAAAUCCAAGAAGCGGAAGUAGGAAGGCCGAAAAAAUUUAUGCUAAACGAGUCCUGCCGGCGUUUGAACUUUGUGAAAUUCAAACAAAUGUAAUUGUUACUAACAGGGCAAACGAAGUAAAAGACAUGUUGAUGAAUAUCGAUUUGAAGGAAUUUGAUGGAGUGGUUGCUGUGGGCGGAGACGGGAUUUACAAUGAAGUGGUAUCUGGACUGACAGUAAGAGAGCUACGAGAUCAUGACCAGGACCCGGAUAAUCCAGAAUCUAAGCUAUCACAGCUGAAGCUUCCAAUAGGAAUUAUUCCAGCAGGGUCUGGAAACUAUACAGCAUGGUAUCUAAAUGGUACCAAAUGUCCAGUGACGGCAGCAUUAAGGAUCGUGAUGGGACGUUGUGUUUCGACCAAUAUUGCCAGUCUACAUCAAGGAAACAAAUGCAGUGGAUAUUCGGGUCUCAUUCUCGGGUUUGGGUUGUUUGGAGAUGUGAUGAGAGACUGUGAGAAGUACCGAUGGAUGGGGACCAGUAGAUUUAAAGUUAUACCUGUGGGCUCGGUGCUGAACAGAAGACCUGUCAACGUUUCGAUAUCUUAUAUUCCAACCGAAAAUAAAAGGAUACAAUGUCAGGAGGAUAUCACGAUCCAGAAACCAGAUUUUCUUCGUCUAACAUCUGUUCCAGUGACUAACACAAAGAGUGCCCGAGAUGGCUAUAAGAAGAGAACAGUUUCUUUCUCAGACUUUCUUGACACACCAUCAGAAUGGAAGACUGCAGAAGACAGAGUGGUGUACGCAGUAGAUACUUAUCCAAUCACAAUGAAGCCUGAUGGAACAAGAAUGGCCCCAAAUUUUGGAGGCGACUCCUUAGAGCUACUAAUAACAGGAAAAUGUAAACUUGCUGACCAUUUUAGGCAACUGAAAGCAGUAGACGAUGGAAUGUCAUCAUGUUACGACUUCGAAUUCGUGAAAAAGAUUCAAGUUCAGCGAUAUCGUGUUCGAGUGUUGAGAAACAAAACGGAGGAUUUCUACUUAAAUUGUGACGGGGAAGUUAUCCGUCUUGAACAUCCAGAGUUCGAUGUCAGAUUGCAUAAAAACGCUGUGCAGCUUUAUGGAAAAGCCAAAUAGAUGACACUGAAUCAAAAGCAUCCGUUGACUAUAUAUUUAUUUUUGAAUUUUUUAAAAAAGAUAUACCUCAGUUUUAUCAACGUCUUCAAAAAUAGUGAUACAUUCUUUUUUUGGUAUUCCUUUUUGAAGAAAACAUAAUCCUGAUGAUAUUUAUUCAUUAAAACCUCUAUUAGAAAUAUAUACCUCUAUUAUCAACAUGAAUUUAAUGUAUACAAUGUGAAUGAUGCAUUUUUCGUGAAUUCUGAUGAACAAAAUAUUUUACCUCUAUGAGAAUCAUAUACCUCUGUUAUAAUCAACGUAUCUUUUCAUUAAAAAAAACCCAUAUACCUCUAAUUUUAUAAACGUAUUUAUGUAAAUUGUAUUAAUUUUUUUAGGAAAUUAUACAUGUUUUAAUUUAUUUGACAAUAUACCCCUAUGAUAUUUUACUACUUGUCGGUAUACAUAUUUGUGAAAUGUAUAUUAUAUAUGUUAUUAUCAGUGUAUUAACAGUUUUUUUUAUAUCUUUUUUGAAUUUAUAAAAAAAAGUUAUACAU